AUGAUGAUUAGGAUUGGUGUUAUUUUAUUGACAAUAAUCUAAGUUUUGAGUAAAAAACAGAAGGAUUUUUUAUUCGAUUUGAAAUAAGGUAAUAAGAUGUAAGUAGAAUUGGAUGAGAAAUAGGAUAAAGAUUUUAUAAUUUUAUAUAUUAGACCAGAUAUAGAAGAUGAGAAAAGUGAUUUGGGAUAGAUUUAAUUGAAAAGUAAAGAAGAUGAGUUCAAAUUAAAUAAAUUUUAUGAGACUGCAUUAUUUACAAUGAAAUCAGAUGAAAUAAAUUUAAAAUGUAUUAGUGUUCCUUGUAAAGGAAGGAUUUCAAUAAUAUAUAGUGAUGCAAUAGAAUUAAGCAUAGAGAGUUAAGAAUUAAUUUUAUCUUAAAAUGAGCCAGCAAAAGUAAUAUUAAUGCAUCUUCCAAAAGAAUAUAAUAGAAUGGUGGGAUAAUUCAAAUUGGAAAAUAAAGAAUCAAAUAAUUUUAAAUUAGAUGUAUUUUAAGAAAAGGAUUAGGAAAAGCCUUAGUUAUAUGAAGAUAAUGUAUAAUUAACAGUAGCUAUUAAUAAUAAUGAUUGUGAGAAAUGUAAAAUAUGGGUAGUUUUAAGUGGAGAUUUAUAAAAAAAAGAUAAAGCAAAAGUCAUUGGAUAAUUAUAUCUAUAUGAAGAUGAAUAAGCCAUUUAAAUCAAUUAAUUAAUAUAAGAUUAUCUUUUUGAAAAGACUGAAAAUGUUUAUAAAUUGGAAUUGCCAUAUAAAUUUGAAAUAUUAUAAAUUGGAAUAUUUGGAGAUAAAUUACCAUAAAUCAAAAUUCACAAGAAAGAAAAUGAAUAUUUUAAUUCUUAAUAAUCUAUGCUCUUAUAAUAAAUAGGAUAAGCAUUCCAUAUUAUAUUAAGAAGAGAAGAUAUCUAAGAAAAUAAAAUCACCAUUAAUUUAAGUUAAGGAGGUUCUUUAAAGUAUCUUAUGGUUGUGAAAUUGAUAGAUCAAGCAAUUUUAUAUAAUAAUUAAUUAAUUUUAACUUAAAUUCAAAAUUAAGGAAAACAUAAUUAUUUAUUUAAAAGUAUUGAAAGUGAAUAGGAAAUUGAAAUUAAAUUAGUAUAUUAACAGAAAGGAGCAAAUACUCUAAAACUUGCAGAAUGUUAAAAUGGAUGUUAAUUAACUAAUGAAGACAAUCAUAAUUUAAGAUUUCACAAACAUGAAUUAAAACCUUUAGUAUAUGUUACUCCACAUUGUUAAAAUAAAGAUUAAGAAGAUUUCUGUACAUAUUAAAUAGAGAUUACUAGUGAAAUUAAAAAUAUGUAUAUGUUAACGACAAAAAAUGAUUAAAAUUUACGUUUACUUAAAUAAGAUUAACCUUAUUCUAAUUUUAUAGAAUAGUCACAAGAAGAAAAUUUGAUUCUUAAAUAUGAAAAAUCUGAUGAUGAUUAAGAAUUAGUUUUUACUGUCAAUACUCAUAAUAUUGAGUAUAUGAUAAGCAGAGAUAGUAGUUGUUUUCCUGUAAGAAUUGAAUGUGCCAAAUAUUUUGGAGGAAUUGAUCAUUUAGUUGUUCUAAGGGGAGAUCAAUUAAAACAUACUUAAUAUUAUGUUACUUUAACAGCGAAAGAAUCCACAAUAUUUUAAUUCACGGCUUAAAUAAUCAAAAAGCAAGAUAUAAAUAUAAAAGUAUUAAAAGAAGAUGAAACUUAUAGAGGAGUAUUGUAAUUGAAUAAUAGGGAAUCAAUAAUCCAUUAUUUUAAAGUUAUAAUUAAUUUUAAGUAAGUGGAUUAGAAUGUUGAAAUUAUUGAUGAUGUCUAACCAUCAAUUGAGUUUGCUAUUCAUUCAUCUAGAAUGUAAGUUGCUUUAACUUUAAAUAAAGGGAAUGAAUUACCAUCAAUGCAAUAAUAUGAUCUUAUUACUUUCAAUAACUAUUUAUCUAUUUAGCCUGAAGAUUAAUUUUAUCAAAGUUCUGGUAAUUAUACUAUAGGAAUAGAAAAUAUGUUUGAUACAUAUUUAGAUAAAGAAAUAAUGUACACCAUUACUUAUUCAACUAGUAGAACAGUUAAAACACUACAUGUUGGUUAAUAAUUUGUAGAUCAAGUGAAAGGCCUUAAAUCUAAAUACUUUAGUUUUUAUUAUAGUUAAAAUACCAGUCUAUUUUAUAUUAAUCUUUAAAGCAAAAAUAAUGAUAAUUUAACUUUAACUGUCUAAAAUGAUAUUAAACCUGAUAAUCAUUCUUAAUUUGCUAAAAGUUAAGAUUCAAGUACACUUUAGUUAUCUAAAUCUGCUUUAACUUCAUUAUGUUAAGAUGGAAUUAGUGAAGAUGAAAUUGAAGAAGAUUCAAAUCACUUGACAAUUUGUUAAGCUUAUAUGAUAAUUGAAAAUCAUGGAAAUGAAGAUAUCUUAAUUUAUUUAAAUAUAUGGAAUCCAUAAACUGCUUUAGAACUUAAAGAUGGAUAAGAAUACACUUUCAAUCUAGAAUAUUUAAUCUCAGAAACAUUUUUAUAUUAUAAAGUAAUUUCCUCAUAAAAUGAUGUUUAAUUACAUAUAAAUUCUCAUUAUGGAUACACCAAAUAUUAAAUUCAAAUAUUUGAUUCUAAAAAUUAAUAGUCCAAUUCUCUCUAUGCUUAAGAAGAAUACAAAACUUAGCAUUCUAAAAGUAUUCAUUCUGGUGCAUUUGAGUUCUGUGCACCUAAUUGUGUUUUAAAAAUAUUGUUAGUAGCUUAAUAAUAAGAAUAAAAAAGAGAUGUUAAAAUUAAUUUUGAUGAUACUGUUUAUGUAACUAUUACAUAAUCAUAUAUGGAUCUAAAAAGUGGAUUACCCAUUUAGAUAUCAGUAAACAAAUAAUAGCCUAGGAGAUUCAUUUUCUCAGAAAUUAAUGAUAUAUCUCCUUAAUCAAGACUUAAAUUAAUCUUACAUGAAAUUUAUGGUUAAGGAUCUAUAUGUUUAUCUUUCAAUGAUGAUAAUUAUAUUGAUAUAGAUUGUAAAUAUCAAGGCUUCGGAAAUGUCUUAGAGUUAACAUAAGCCUAAAUCUAAGAAAAAUUAACUGAGCUCAAUCUUACUACAAAUCCUUAUAUUAUAAUUUAAAUCUUUUCUAUUGUUGAUAAUAGCAAAUUUUAAUUAUCAUUAGAAGUAUCAAAUGAUAGUAAGAAUCAUAAAUUAAUAAUGGGAGUCCCAUCAAGAAUUAAAUUAGAUAUUGAAGAAGAAGUAGAAUAUCAAUAUUUUAACAUAUAAAAAGAUGAUGAUUUAUACUUUAAAUUCAUUAAAAUUUAAGGAACCUCUUUGAUAGAAAUGUCUAGAUGUUUAAAUAAUAUAAACAAAGAUUGUGAAGAAGAGAUAAUUAUUAAAUAACAAUUAUUAGCAGGAUAAUCUUUCAAUUAGCAUAUUAUUCAUAAAAAUGAUAAUAAAUUAUAUUGUGAGCUUUGUACAUACAUAAUUAAAAUAAAAACAAUAGGAAUCAAUCUUGAUUUAUUAAUAGUUGUAACAUCUUAAUUAAAUUUUGUUUAAUUACCCUAAAAUAUUGCAUAUACAGAUUUUUUAGAAGAUCAGAAUGAUUACAAUAUAUAUCAUUUUUCAUACAAUACUGAUCAUCAAAUAGAGAUAUAAAUAAAUCAAUAUAAUGGUGAUACAUAAAUGUGGAUUGGUUAUAAUGCUGUAUUAAAUUCAUCUCUUUAUUAAUAUGGACCAUAUAAUAUAAUUAAAUAAUAGAAAUUAAUGAAUACUACAAACUCUAUUUCAUAUUAUUAAGCUAUUAUUCCUCCAAGAGAACAUUUAGAAGAAACUAAUUACACACCUUAUGCAAAUGAAUCUCAUACAUUAGCAGGUCAUUAUAAUGAUGAUGAUCUUUAUAUCAUUGUUUAAAAUAAUUAAUAAUAACCAUCAAAUUAUUCUAUACUCUUAACUCAAUCUACUACUGGAAAUGGUUAACUGUUAUUAGAUGGAAUCAUUACAUUUGCUUAUUUAAGUAAAUAAACUCCAGUUAUAACAUUAUAUCAUUAAUAUCGUUAUUAGAAGUAACCAUAAUUAGUUAUUAAAUUAAUAUCAUAUGGAAUUUAGAAAUUUUCAGUUUCAGAUUAUUUAAAAAUUGAAAUAUCUAAUGAAACAGAUCCAGUUAAUUACACUCUUAUUGAACCUUUUUCAAGUAGAAAUGAUUAAUAGAUUUAUAUUUUACCAAUUUUAGAAGGACUUUUGACUAUUAAGAUUCAUAGUUUGUUGGAAAUUAAAGGAAAUGAAAAUAACAAUAUUUAAUACAUAUUUAAUCGUGGAGGAGAUGUAGUUCCAACAAAAACGCUUUAAAUGAAAGAUAGUUAUAUCUAUGGAAAUAACUAUUUAAAUAGAAUUGAUUUAUAAAUUAGUAUAGUCGGAAAAGAAGUAUUAAUGAUUGAUGAAAAGUCAAGUUUAAGUGAUCAUAUACACGAUUCUUAACCAAAAUAUUAUGAAUCUUAUAUACCUCAGGAAGGUAAAUUAGCAGUUUAAGUAUAUAAUUGUUUAGGUGAGUUGAGUGUUUCAAUAACUUAAAAUUACGAUGAAUUUAUUGAAAGGGUUUUUAAUGUUAGUAAGAUAACUUUAGAAGGGCAAUUAAAUGAUAUUAUAAUACCAGUAAGAGCAGGACCUGUUUACUUUGAAUUCUAAUCAAAUUAGAGUGUUUAUAAGUUCACCACUUAAGUUUAUAAAGCACAAGAUUUUACUCCAUUUGGACAAUUGGUAAUGGGAGGUGAUGGAUAAAUUCAUUAUUCUUUUGAGACUUAUGAUACAGAUUUGAUAACUGUAAAAUUUAAGCCAUUAAAAUGCAUUGGUUGUGAUAUUCAUCAAGAAAUGAAUAGUUAAAUAAGAUAUUCAAUUAGUUGGGGUAGCGAUGUUUAAUAUGCUCAUAUAAUUGGACUUUGUUAAUAUAAUUAAUAUGCAAAUUAUCAUUAAAAUCAUAUAGAUAAUUAUUAAUAGAUUGAUAUAGGUAAUUAUGCUCUAAAUCAUACUGAUGAAAUAGUGUUUAAUAUUACAGUAGAUAAAUAAUCCAUUCAUCCUUAAUUAUUCAUUGCUGUUCGUGCUUAAGUUCUUGUUUUUAAUAAUCUAGCCAUUAGGGAUUAUGAAUUGUUUUAUCAUGUUGCUUAAAUAGCAAUUCCUAAUCUAUCCUUAUAUUGGUACAAACAUAGAUACAAUGAAUUUAUGAUGGCAGUUACAAUAUUCUUAUUUGUGUUUACAGCAUUGUAAUAAAUUAUAUUAUAUUUUAGAUUAUGUUAUUUGUGUAAAAUAUAUAAAAAAGUAAGAAUAUUAAAAAAGGAGAAUUUAAAUUUAUAAUUAGAGAAGUAAAUGGAUGAAGCAAAAGAGAAAGUAUAAAAUUAGAGUAAAUAUGAAACAUUAUAGGAUGAAAAUAAUGAUUAAUCAAAUGUAUGAAAG